AUGUCCAAUCCCAAUAUGGUCAUCCUGCCAGGCCCUCGGGCUCUGUCUAACUUUAGAGUGGCCACUUUGGUGAAUGAUAUUAAUACUUUGGUCAACUCUUCCGUUGUGAUGAGUGUCAAAUCGUGUCAGAUUCACUAUCUCCAUUGCAAACAAGAGUUGGAUCCAACUACUUUGCAAAAGUUGAAGACUUUGCUUGAAUAUGACAGUGAACUCGAUUUGGCCGAUCCUUUGGAAGAGAAACUCAGUGAGCUGGUGCAAGUUUCCGCCCAGGGAGAGCAGUUCAACUCGCUGUUAUCGCAGGACUUGAACUCUGAUUUGUACAUUAUCAGAAUUCUCCCAAGAUCCGGUACCAUCUCUUCUUGGUCGUCCAAGGCAACCAACAUCGUUGAGGUGUGUGGAUUAGGAGAUAAGGUCGACAGAGUCGAAAGAGGAAUGGCCAUCUUGUUGCAAAUGAGACCUGGCUUCCCUAUCUUGCAAUACUUCGCUGGCGACAAAUACAGCUGUUUGAGUUCUGUUUACGACAGAAUGACUCAGUCGUUGUACAUUAAUGAUCAUGUUCCGGUCUACGAUGACCUUUUCAAAGACCAUGAGCCAAAACCAUUGGCAUAUGUUGAUCUGAUUUCUUCCAAAGACAAUCUUCUCGCAGCCAACAAGGAACUGGGAUUGGCCCUGGAUGAGGGAGAAAUUUCUUACCUGAUGGAGGCUUUCAAGAAACAGCUUGGAAGAAACCCAACUGAUGUGGAAUUGUUCAUGUUCGCUCAGGUCAACUCCGAACACUGCAGACACAAGAUUUUCAACGCUGACUGGGAAAUUGACGGAAAGAAGAAAGAUUUGUCUCUUUUCCAAAUGAUCAGGAAUACUCACAAACUCCAUCCAGAGUAUACUAUCAGUGCCUACAGUGAUAACGCGGCCAUUUUCCACGGAUCCGAGGCUUACUUUUUCGCUCCAGACGCUAAAAAUGGACUCAAAUGGAGCUCCAAAAAUGAGACCGUGCACACUUUGAUCAAGGUGGAAACUCACAACCAUCCAACCGCAGUGUCUCCGUUCCCUGGUGCUGCCACUGGUUCUGGUGGAGAAAUUAGAGACGAGGCUGCUGUGGGCCGUGGUUCCAAGUCCAAGUGUGGAUUGUCUGGAUUCUCUGUCUCCGACCUGCUUAUUCCAACCCUCUCCCAGCCUUGGGAGCUCAAUGUUGGAAAGCCUUCCCACAUUGCCUCUCCAUUGGACAUCAUGAUCGAGGCCCCACUGGGUUCUGCUGCGUUCAACAACGAGUUUGGAAGACCGUGUAUUACCGGUUACUUCAGAACCUUGACUACCAAGGUCACCAACGCAGACAACAAGGAAGAGCUCCGUGGAUUCCACAAGCCAAUUAUGAUUGCUGGUGGUAUGGGUGCUGUCAGACCUCAGUUGGCUCUCAAGUCCGACCACAAGAUUACUCCAGGCUCUGCUAUCAUUGUCUUGGGAGGACAGUCUAUGCUGAUUGGUCUUGGAGGAGGUGCUGCCUCCUCGGUUGCUUCUGGUGAAGGAUCUGCAGACCUUGACUUUGCCUCUGUUCAGAGAGGUAACCCAGAGAUGCAAAGAAGAGCACAACAAGUGAUUGAUGCUUGUAAUGCUUACGGAUCCAACUCUCCAAUUCAGUGUAUCCACGAUGUUGGAGCUGGUGGAUUGUCCAACGCUUUGCCAGAACUUGUCCAUGAUAACGAUUUGGGAGCCAAGUUCGAGCUCCGUGAGAUCUUGUCUCUUGAGCCAGGAAUGUCUCCAUUGGAGAUCUGGUGUAACGAAUCGCAGGAAAGAUUUGUUCUUGGUGUUGGACAACAGGAUCUUGACUUGUUUAAAGAGAUCUGUGCUAGAGAAAGAUGUCCUUACGCUGUUGUUGGUGUUGCUACCAACGAGAAGAAGCUUGUUUUGACCGAUAGAUUGCUAGGAACAACUCCUAUUGAUUUGGAUAUGAGCUUGCUGUUUGGUAAGCCUCCAAAGAUGUCUAGACAGGAUGUUACCAAGCACGCCAAACUUUCUCCUGUUGAGAUCGCUCCAGAAACCACUGUUGAUGACGCAUUGAGCAGAGUUCUCCAACUCCCAUCUGUUGGUUCUAAAUCCUUCUUGAUCACCAUCGGUGACAGAAGUGUUACCGGAUUGAUCGACAGAGACCAGUUUGUUGGACCAUGGCAAGUUCCCGUUGCCGAUGUUGGUGUUACUGCUACGUCGCUCGGAAAGGAAGUGAUAUCCACCGGUGAAGCUCUUGCCAUGGGUGAGAAACCAACUUUGGCUCUGAUCUCUGCCGCUGCCUCGGCCAAGAUGUGUGUUGCUGAAUCGUUGCUGAACCUUUUGGCCGCAGACGUCAAGAGCACCGACUUCAUCAAGCUUUCUGCUAACUGGAUGGCUCCAGCCAGCCACCCUGGUGAGGGAACUGCUUUGUACGAGGCCGUGCAAGCUAUCGGCUUGGAACUGUGUCCAGAACUGGGUAUUUCCAUCCCUGUUGGUAAGGACUCUAUGUCCAUGAAGAUGUCCUGGGACCAAAAGGAGGUCAUUGCUCCAAUGUCUUUGAUCAUCACUGCCUUUGGUGGUGUUGACAACACUUCUAAGACCUGGACCCCAGUUUUGCAAAGAGUGGACAACACGGUUCUUGUUCUUGUUGACCUGGCAACUCUGGUGACCAAGUCUCUUGGUGGAUCUGCUUUGGCACAAGUGUACAACCAGGUUGGUGACAGCUGUCCAACUGUUCAUGAUGCCAAAGUGCUCAAGAGCUUUGUCAGUGCUCUUUUGACUCUGCACAAAGAGUUUGAUGUCCUGGCUUACCACGACAGAUCUGACGGUGGUCUUAUUGUCACUCUUUUGGAGAUGGCUUUUGCUGCCAGAAGCGGUUUGGAGGUUGACCUUGCAAACGUCAAGGACGAUCUGUACACCACUCUGUUCAAUGAGGAGCUUGGAGCUGUGUUCCAAAUCAAGGCUGAUGAGUACGCCAAUUUUGUGCAAAUUUUGGCAGCUGCCGGCGUGCCUGAGUCGUUUGUUUCUAUUGUCGGAAAGCCUGUGUUUGAUGCUGAGCAACAAAUUACUGUUUCUUAUAACGGCAAUACCGUUCUGUCCAAGUCGAGAGGUAAAUUGCAGCAAGUUUGGUCUCUCACUUCCUACCACAUGCAAAAGCUCAGAGACAACCCUCAAAGCGCUGACCAGGAGUUCCAGGCCAUUCUGGACAACCAAGACCCUGGUUUGACUUACAAGCUCACAUACGAUCCAAAGGACGAUCUCCAGCUCUCCACGUUGACCAACCGUCCGAAGGUUGCCAUUUUGAGAGAGCAAGGUGUUAACAGUCAGCAGGAGAUGGCAUGGUGUUUCCAACAGGCCGGCUUUGACUCCAUUGAUGUGCACAUGACAGACAUCAUUUCCGGAAGAGUCACUUUAGACGAGUUUGUGGGACUGGCUGCUUGUGGUGGUUUCUCUUACGGUGAUGUUCUGGGUGCAGGUAACGGAUGGGCUACCUCUGUCUUGUACAACGAGAAGGCCAGAUCCGAGUUCUACAAGUUCUUCCAAGAGAGAGAUGACACGUUCGCGUUUGGAUCGUGUAAUGGAUGUCAAUUCCUGUCCAAGAUCAAGGAGCUGAUUCCAGGAACCGAGAACUGGCCAUCUUUCGAGAGAAACAAGUCGGAACAGUACGAGGCCAGAGUGUGCACUGUGGAAAUUAUGGAGGACAACACGGAGGUGCCGUUGAUCUUCUUCGACGGCAUGCGUGGCUCCCGGAUUCCUAUCGCGGUUGCACACGGAGAAGGAAGAGCGCAUUUCGGUGCCAAGGAGGCCAAGCUCGCCGAGUUCGUCAACCAAGGACUCACUGCCGCAAGAUACGUGGACAACUACGGUCUGCCGACCGAGAAGUACCCGUUCAACCCUAACGGCUCGCCAAACGGUAUCACCGGUAUCCGGACCCCUAACGGUAGGGUUUUGGCCAUGAUGCCUCACCCAGAGAGAGUUUGUCGAUUGGAGUCGAACUCCUAUUACCCAGUCGAAGAGGCUGCCGAUUGGGAAGGCUACGGCCCAUGGAUCAGAAUCUUCAGAAACGCCAGAAGAUGGGUUGCUAAUAAGGAGUAA